AUGGCUGUAAGCGAUGUUAAAAAAAUCUACCAAGAUGUAAUUGAAGAUGUUUGUUCAGCAGUACGUGAAGCACUAACAGCAGAAGGCUGUGACGAUCAUACUAUACAAGAACUUCGAAAUCAAUGGUUAGAACGGUUAGAAAAUUCCAAAGCAGUAGAACCUCCAACAACAUCCACUGUUGAUCAAGUUACAAAUCGAGAAUAUCGACAUCCAACAACCGGUGAUACGAAUCAUUCAUCAACAAUGAAUAAUAAACACCCAGCUGGUAUAAAGUCAGUCCACAGUCGUGUUCAACAAGCGACCAAUUCCGGAGUAUCAAACUUCAAUAAUUACACAACAGCGACGAAUUUAAAUCCAUCACUAUUAUCGAGUGCAAGUUCGAUUGGAUCACAAUUCGGCCGUGCAACAUAUUCCAUCACGCCAACGAAUCCGUCUAAUAUCGGUAAUUCGACAAUGAGAACAGCGAAUCAAUUAGAUGGAGCUCAUGAUGAAGAAUGCACGAAGAAAAGCAAACGACAGCGUAAGAAAAAGUCGCCAAUCAUUGAAAUUUCAUUCCAGUUAGAUGGAACGGGUCCUCCGGUUGGUGAUGAUGAAGAUGACGAUGAAGACAGUGACUUAGAAGGCAAUGAUGUUGCUGAAGAUCUCGAAGACGAUGAUGACGAAGAUGGUGCAGAAGAAGGAAAAGAAGAUCCUAACCCACUUUGUUCAGAUGAUGAUGUCAGCGAUGAUGAACCUGCUGAACUAUUCGAGACAGAAAAUGUUGUUGUUUGCCAGUACGACAAGAUCUCGCGUACGAAAAACAAAUGGCGAUUUAUCUUGAAAAGUGGUAUUAUGAAUCUUGAAGGACAUGAUUAUGUAUUUAGUAAAGCAACAGGUGACGCCGACUGGUAA